AUGCUAUCUUAUUUUUCUCUGCUGAGCCUUGCUGCUUUUGCUAGUCAUAGCUAUGCGUACCACAGUCCUAUAGCCAUUCCAGGGCCAGGAAAGAACAGCGAACCAGUGGAAAGAGAUUUACAGUCACUAUCCAUCGAAUUUGCAUUCUUCCCCGACUAUGCAGGCAACCAUUCGCACCCGAACAAGUUUUCACGGAAUUUGUUGGACAACUUGAGGAGAGCCACAGGUGUAUCGCCGAAAGUGAGAGUUGGAGGAACUUCCCAAGAUCAUUCCAAUUAUUACCCCGAUCAAGAAGAGGGAGUUCAGCUCAUCUUUGCUCACCCUACCGAUGACCAACCAAUCGAAAUAAAAUAUGGGCCCGCUUUCUUCGAGUCAUAUCACACCUUGGGCGAUAUCAAGUUCUCGCAUGGUCUGAACAUGGCCCAGAAUAAGUCACUUGACCAGCUUGAAAUGGCUGCUGUGGAAGCCUGCACCUCCAUCGGCCCUCAGCUGGAGCUUUACGAAUUAGGAAAUGAGUGGGACCUUUCUGUGGGGGACUAUCGUCCUGCAAAUUAUUCAUUGUUAGAUUACGUGCACGAAUGGAACCGAAAGUCUGCUGUGAUUAGAUCUACAGUGGAGAAGGCUUGUCCUGGUCAUUUCCCUGGGUUCAUGGCACCGAGCUUUGUCUUUGUUGAGGGCAUGACUACCUGGACAGCGGAAGAAUUAUACAAUCUUGACUAUGACCCGCAUAACCUUACAAGACUCAUUUCCUUCCACAAUUACAUGGGUGUCUUUGAGCCGCCACUAGCUCCAGUAUCUUACGAUCUUCAAAAAACACUGAUGAACCACACCAACAUUGUCGACAACCUGGAAUUGCAAAUUCAGCGAAUGAAGAACAUUGCGCACAUUGGUCAUCCAUAUACUUUGGGCGAAACGAAUUCCAUUGCGAAUCAAGGACGUAAUGGUGAGACGAAUGUCUUCGGUGACGCCUUGUGGGUAGUUGACUUUUCCCUCUGGGCUGCCGCAAAUAACAUCAAGCGCCUCAAUUUCCAUCAAGGCCUCAAUUACCGAUAUGCCUCCUGGCAGCCUAUUUCCAGCGAGGGACAGCCACCCACCACGCGCCCCCCAUAUUAUGGUCAUAUUAUGGUCGCCACCGCCAUUGGACACUCAGACAACAGUCGAAUUGUCAACAUACCAUUGCAAAACGAUACGGAGGCUGCUUAUGGUAUUUACGAGGGCGAUCAGCUCUCAAAGCUUGUUGUUGUGAAUCUUAACGCAUUUAACCAGUCUACAACUGCAGACCGCCCGAGCAGGGAUUACGAGUUCAAGAUUCCCAGUCACCAUCAGCAGGCCACGUUGAAGAGGCUGAUUGCUCCAGGCAGUGACGCUUUGACCAAUAUUACGUUUGGGGGUGUUUCUUACGACUAUGAUCUCAAGCAGGGGAGACCAGUCACCAUGGAUUCCCACGAGGAGAUAGUGAAGAUCCAUGAUUCAGUGCUUCGGAUUGCCGUUCCCGAUGCGUCUGCCAUUCUGUUGUCUCUUGAUUGA